CGCCGGCCGCACACGCUCGCGCCCACGCACGCCCCGCACGCCCUCUGCUCCACGCGCGCGCGCGCGCGGGGACACUCGCCCUCAGUGUGGUUCCCUCAGUGGCCCCCGCCUCCUUCCUUCCUCCCUCCAGCUCCUCCUCCUCCCUCCUCCUCUCUCCUACAUUGUCUCUGCCUCAUUUUCCCUCCUGGUCUAAGAAAGAAUAAGAAAGAAAAGCCGCCCCCCCCCCUCAAAAAUCAUCCUCCCCAUCACCCCACCCCCCCACUCUGCAUCCCCCUGUAGUCUCUCCUCCUCCAGGAAACCCACCACCAGACAUGCUCCUGGAGCCCUGCCUCUGAAGCAUCCAUCCCUCCGGGCUGCCCGAGCCCCAGGAGUGGGGGAUUUAGUUUAAACCUCAUUAAAGAUCAAGGAAGGGGGGGCUGCACCCCAUCGCUCUCUUCCCCUCUCUCUCACCCCUGACAUACCCCUUCGUUCCCCUUUCCCAGCCUACCGGCUCUGUCUCCACAGCUGCCCCUGAACAGGACGUUACCCCCCCACCCCCCAACCCCCUUCCCCUUCCACUUUCAGAGGCAGCUGGGCCACACCAAAAAUCCCUUUUGGAUGGUGUAGGACCGUAGGGAAAGCUUUUUUUGAAACAGUGGGGUUGUUGGAGUGGUUGGAUUUUUCCUGGAAUUGAGUGAGAAAUUCAGAAGACUGAAGCCCAGGCUCACUGUCUACCUUUCACGGAGGCCCAGCCGUGAGAGGACAGAAGAAGGCACGUGGCGAAUCAUGACAGCUGAUAAAGAGAAGGACAAAGACAAAGAAAAGGACCGGGACCGAGACAGGGACCGGGAAAGAGAAAAGAGGGACAAAACUAGAGAGAGUGAAAACUCCCGCCCUCGUCGAAGCUGCACUUUGGAAGGUGGAGCCAAGAAUUAUGCAGAAAGUGACCAUAGUGAAGAUGAGGACAAUGACAAUAAUAGUGCCACAACAGAGGAGUCUGCAAAGAAAAACAAAAAGAAGCCUCCCAAAAAGAAAUCACGUUAUGAAAGAACAGAUACUGGGGAGAUAACAUCAUUUAUUACUGAAGAUGAUGUUGUCUACAGACCAGGAGACUGUGUGUAUAUUGAGAGUCGAAGGCCAAACACACCAUAUUUCAUCUGUAGCAUUCAAGACUUCAAACUGGUUCACAACUCGCAGGCCUGUUGCAGAUCUCCAACUCCUGCUCUGUGUGACCCCCCAGCAUGCUCUCUACCGGUGGCAUCACAGCCACCACAUCACCUUACUGAAGCCGGGAGAGGGCCUGUAGGGAGCAAGAGGGACCAUCUUCUUAUGAAUGUCAAAUGGUACUAUCGUCAAUCUGAAGUUCCCGAUUCUGUCUAUCAGCAUUUGGUUCAAGACCGGCACAAUGAAAAUGAUUCUGGACGAGAACUUGUCAUUACAGACCCAGUUAUCAAGAAUCGAGAGCUCUUCAUUUCCGAUUAUGUUGAUACUUACCAUGCUGCUGCCCUUCGAGGAAAGUGUAAUAUCUCCCAUUUUUCUGAUAUAUUUGCCGCCAGAGAAUUUAAAGCUCGUGUGGAUUCAUUUUUCUAUAUUUUGGGCUACAAUCCAGAGACAAGGAGACUGAACAGCACCCAGGGGGAAAUCCGUGUUGGACCCAGUCAUCAGGCCAAACUUCCCGAAUUGCAGCCAUUUCCUUCUCCAGAUGGUGACACUGUGACCCAGCAUGAGGAACUGGUUUGGAUGCCUGGAGUUAAUGAUUGUGAUUUACUUAUGUAUUUGAGGGCAGCAAGGAGCAUGGCGGCUUUUGCGGGAAUGUGUGAUGGAGGUUCUACUGAGGAUGGCUGUGUUGCUGCCUCUCGGGAUGACACCACACUCAAUGCGCUCAACACACUACAUGAAAGCAACUAUGAUGCUGGAAAAGCCCUCCAACGCUUGGUGAAGAAGCCUGUGCCCAAACUGAUUGAGAAAUGCUGGACUGAAGAUGAAGUGAAACGCUUCAUUAAGGGGCUCCGACAGUACGGCAAGAACUUCUUUAGGAUCCGAAAGGAGCUGCUUCCCAAUAAGGAAACGGGAGAGUUAAUCACCUUUUAUUACUAUUGGAAGAAAACCCCAGAAGCUGCCAGCUCCCGGGCUCACCGGAGGCACCGUCGGCAGGCUGUGUUUCGAAGGAUUAAAACUCGAACAGCUUCUACUCCUGUCAACACUCCAUCCAGGCCCCCCUCCAGUGAAUUCUUGGACUUGAGCUCGGCCAGUGAAGAUGACUUUGACAGCGAGGACAGCGAGCAGGAGCUGAAAGGUUACGCUUGUCGUCACUGCUUCACAACUACCUCCAAAGACUGGCACCACGGCGGCCGAGAAAACAUCCUAUUGUGCACUGACUGUCGCAUCCACUUCAAGAAGUACGGUGAGCUCCCCCCAAUUGAGAAGCCAGUGGACCCACCACCCUUUAUGUUCAAACCUGUCAAAGAGGAAGAGGAUGGGCUCAGCGGAAAGCAUAGCAUGAGGACCCGACGCAGUCGUGGCUCGAUGUCUACACUACGUAGUGGCCGCAAGAAGCAACCUGCUAGCCCUGAUGGUAGAGCCUCGCCCAUCAACGAAGACAUCCGAUCCAGUGGCCGUAACUCUCCUAGCGCAGCCAGCACCUCAAGCAAUGACAGCAAAGCAGAUUCAGUGAAGAAAUCCACUAAGAAGAUAAAGGAAGAAGCUUCUUCACCUCUCAAAAGCACCAAGCGUCAGCGAGAAAAGGCAGCGUCUGACACCGAGGAGCCCGAGAGGACCAGUGCCAAGAAGUCUAAAACCCACAGCCCCCAGGAGAUCAGCCGGCCCAACUCUCCGUCGGAGGGUGAGGGAGAAGGAGAGAGUUCGGAUAGUCGCAGCGUUAAUGAUGAAGGGAGCAGUGACCCCAAAGACAUUGACCAAGACAAUCGCAGCACCUCCCCAAGCAUCCCCAGUCCUCAGGACAAUGAGAGUGACUCAGACUCCUCUGCCCAACAGCAAGUGGUGCAGGCUCCCGGUGGCCCUGCCCAGGCUGCCCCUUCCACCCCCCCGGGGGCAACCCAGCUCCCAGCCCCGGUGCCCACGGCAGCCAGCGCUCCCUCAGCCCCUCCUCAGGUUUCGCCCUCAGUAGCUCAGCCACCUGGCCAGCCUCAGGCUCCUGUUCCAUCUCCAGCCCACUCCCACAUCCAGCAGGCCCCCGCCCUGCAUCCACAAAGACUUCCUUCCCCACACCCACCUUUGCAGCCCUUGAGCGUGGCACAGAACCCUCCUCAGGCUCCCGCCUCGUCCCAGUCUCACCCGCAGCCCCCCCUCCACAGCCAGGUGCCCCCGGGCCCUCACGGCCUGCAGGCACAGCCUCUCUUGCCACACCCCGGACCGCCACAACCUUUCCCUCUUGCCCCGCAGUCCUCUCAGUCUCAGGUUCCACUCCCAGCAACACAAGCUCCUGCUCAUCCUCAUGGCUCCUUACAGGUCCAGGGCUCCCAGCCAUCUCUGCAGCCUCCUCAGCCCCCCCGGGAGCAGCCGCUUCCUCCCGCUCCCAUGGCAAUGCCUCACAUCAAGCCCCCUCCCACUACCCCUAUCCCACAGCUGCCCACCCCACAGUCCCACAAGCACCCGCCUCAUCUCUCAGGACCUUCUCCGUUCUCCAUGAACUCCAACCUGCCGCCGCCUCCUGCUUUGAAACCGCUGAGUUCGCUGUCGACACAUCACCCGCCCUCGGCUCACCCACCCCCUCUACAGCUGAUGCCCCAGAGUCAGCCCUUACAGUCAUCUCCAGCUCAGCCCCCAGUGCUGACUCAAAGCCAGAGCCUCCCACCAGUUGCCAGCCAUCCCCCUUCAGGCCUUCACCAGGUUCCCCCUCAGCCUCCAUUUUCUCAGCACCCCUUUGUGCCUGGGGGACCCCCUCCCAUCACUCCUCCAUCCUGCCCUUCCACCUCCACCCCCCCAUCUGGGCCAAACGCUCCCUCCCAGCCAUCCUGUUCCACGCCUGGGACUUCUAGCGGAAGUGUCCCUGUAGUGACCUCCUGCGCCAUCCCACCCAUCCAGAUCAAGGAGGAGGCGCCUGAUGAAACGGAGGAGCCUGAAAGUCCCCCUCCGCCACCCCGCAGCCCUUCCCCCGAGCCCACCGUCGUGGACACGCCGAGCCACGCCAGCCAGUCCGCAAGGUUCUACAAACACUUGGACCGGGGCUACAACUCAUGUGCACGAACUGACCUUUACUUCAUGCCCUUGUCGGGGUCCAAGCUCGCCAAGAAGAGGGAGGAGGCGAUUGAAAAGGCCAAACGAGAAGCGGAGCAGAAGGCGCGAGAAGAGAGGGAGCGAGAGAAGGAGAAGGAAAAGGAGCGGGAGCGCGAGCGCGAGCGCGAGCGAGAGGCGGAGCGAGCCGCCCAGAAGGCGUCCAGCUCCUCCCACGAAAGCCGACUCAGCGACUCUCAGCUUAGUGGACCUGCCCACAUGCGGCCCUCCUUUGAACCACCCCCAACCACCAUUGCUGCUGUUCCCCCGUACAUUGGGCCUGACACACCUGCUCUUCGAACUCUUAGUGAAUACGCACGGCCCCACGUGAUGUCACCCACCAACCGCAACCAUCCUUUCUUUGUUCCCCUCAACCCCACCGAUCCCCUCCUGGCCUACCACAUGCCCGGCCUCUACAACGUGGAUCCCACGAUCCGGGAGCGGGAGCUCCGAGAGCGCGAGAUCCGGGAGCGCGAGAUCCGGGAGCGGGAGCUCCGGGAGAGGAUGAAGCCCGGCUUUGAGGUGAAGCCUCCUGAGUUGGAUGCCCUGCACCCCGCCACCAACCCUAUGGAGCACUUUGCUCGGCACGGUGCCCUCACGAUACCUCCCACUGCAGGACCUCACCCUUUUGCUUCCUUCCACCCGGGGCUGAACCCCUUGGAGAGGGAGAGACUUGCUCUGGCUGGUCCCCAGCUGCGGCCUGAAAUGAGCUACCCUGAUAGACUGGCAGCCGAGAGAAUCCAUGCUGAGCGGAUGGCCUCACUGACUAAUGACCCCCUUGCACGGCUCCAGAUGUUUAAUGUGACCCCCCAUCAUCACCAACACUCUCACAUACACUCGCAUCUUCAUCUCCAUCAGCAGGAUCCUUUACAUCAAGGUUCAGCAGGGCCUGUGCAUCCACUGGUAGACCCUUUGGCAGCUGGCCCUCACCUGGCCCGGUUCCCUUAUCCCCCUGGCACCCUUCCCAACCCUCUGCUUGGACAGCCACCUCAUGAGCAUGAGAUGCUUCGACAUCCCGUUUUCGGUACCCCAUAUCCCCGUGACCUGCCUGGUGCCAUCCCGCCUCCAAUGUCAGCCGCCCACCAACUGCAGGCCAUGCAUGCUCAGUCUGCCGAGCUGCAGAGACUGGCAAUGGAGCAGCAGUGGCUGCACGGCCACCCCCACAUGCAUGGCGGGCACUUACCAAGUCAGGAAGAUUACUACAGUCGACUGAAGAAAGAAGGUGAUAAGCAGUUAUAAGAAGUUAUUUAUUUGUAACAGCAGAAAUCCCAGGUCAUGGGGGAAGAGAUGGGAUUUUUUACAUACAAUAGGAGCUGCAAAAGCAAAGAGAAUAUCUUCUGAAGAUUUCUUCAUCUAUUUAAAAAACCCGCAACUGAAGACUUCCCAGCAUACUAGUGUUCAUUGGUAGAGAGGAUGCCUCCGGGCUAAUUCAGGUCUCCCUGCAUGACAGCCUCCUCAGGAGCUGAGUGAGUCCUGGACUAGGCAGAACGUUCAGAAAUCUUGCCUGCAAUCUUGGCGUUUGGUUUCAUGUUUUCUUUUCCUUCCUCGAUUUCACAGUAGGUGCUAGAAUCCAGCUCACACCCGUCACUGUGCGUGCAGAGACCGUUAGACAUAUUCUUUAAAAACAAAAAACAAAAACAAAAAAAAAAAAAAAAAAACAGGAUUGCAGAUAGGUGGUGGCAUAUGAGUUUGGAACCCAAGAACUAUAAUAAAAAUCUACUUUUAUUUUAAUACAUUGUAGGAAAUCUUCAUAAUUUGACAGAGAGCUCAGUUCUGCAGCAUGGCUUUUUAAGUCUGUAAAUAUAAUAAUUUUAAAACAGAAACAACCAUUUUUUUCUUCCACAAACUACUAUUCUGAUAUAUUUUUUUUCCAGCCACGUCACUAAUCGUGAAUUCCUACCAGCUAUUGACAAGAGUUGAUUUUUUAAUAAAAAAAAAUAUAUAUAUAUAAAAUUAUCCCUUUAAUUAAAGGGAAAAGAUGGGUGUUACUAAUUUAAAAUGGGCAAAAGCUUGGAAUUUGAUGGCAGCAGUGAGCAUCACAGGGUUUGCAGGGAUAACGUCACAAGCUGUUUCUUCAUGUUUUUCCUUGAUUGUAUUUUGGUUUGGUUUGGUAUGGGGAGUGUAGUUGGUUAAUGGUGCAGACAUCCACUGAAUGAACCUCUUCCCUUUUCACCAGGAAUGCAGGAAUUAAAUCCACUUUUUUUGCCUUGGUGUUAA